AGCAUACGUUUUUACAUCUCUCAGCUUCUAUAAUCACUAGUAUUGUCUGUGAGACACAGAGCUGGUGAUUGAGAGCUCUGACUUUGAGGAUAAAUCUGCCUGAACUUGAAUUCCAGUUGGUGACUUAUUAGUUUGUGAAGACUGCAGAGACCUGAAACCCAGUCACAUAAGUGAGUACAGAGAGAGUAGCCCUGAUGGAAGAAGAGCAAGACCUACCAGAGCAACCGGUGAAGAAAGCCAAGAUGCAGGAACCAGGAGAACAAACUUUAAGUCAAGUAAACAACCCGGAUGCCAGUGAUCAGAAGCCUGAGACUUCCAGCCUUGCAUCAAAUCUUAGCAUGUCAGAGGAAAUUAUGACAUGCACCGAUUACAUCCCUCGCUCAUCCAAUGAUUAUACCUCACAAAUGUAUUCUGCAAAACCUUAUGCACAUAUUCUCUCAGUUCCUGUUUCGGAAACCGCUUACCCUGGGCAGACUCAGUACCCGACACUGCAGCAGUCUCAACCCUACACUGUCUACCCUCAGGCAACCCAAACAUAUGGACUACCUCCUUUUGGUGCACUGUGGCCAGGUAUGAAACCUGAAAGUGGUUUAAUUCAGACUCCAUCUCCAAGUCAACACAGUGUUCUUACCUGCACUACAGGGUUAACCACAAGCCAGCCAAGCCCAGCACAUUAUUCUUAUCCCAUUCAAGCUUCAAGCACAAAUGCCAGCCUGAUAUCCACAUCAUCUGCAAUUGCCAAUAUUCCAGCAGCGGCUGUGGCCAGCAUAUCAAACCAGGAUUAUCCCACCUAUACUAUUCUUGGACAGAAUCAGUACCAGUCCUGUUACCCCAGCUCCAGCUUUGGAGUCACAGGCCAGACUAACAGUGAUGCUGAGAAUACUGCAUUAGCAGCUACCACAUACCAAACAGAGAAGCCCAGUGCUAUGGUACCUGCACCAGCCACGCAGAGACUUCCCUCUGAUUCAUCUACAAGCCCAUCUUUGUCCCAAAGUACAGCAAAUAAAGAUGCUGAUGAUCAGUCCAGGAAGAAUAUGACUGUCAAGAACCGGGGCAAGAGGAAAGCUGAUGCCGGUUCCUCCCAGGACAGCGAAUUAGAACGGGUAUUUCUCUGGGACUUGGAUGAAACCAUCAUCAUAUUUCAUUCCCUUCUUACUGGAUCCUAUGCUCAGAAGUAUGGAAAGGACCCAACAGUAGUAAUUGGCUCAGGUUUAACAAUGGAAGAAAUGAUUUUUGAAGUGGCUGAUACUCAUCUAUUUUUCAAUGACUUAGAGGAGUGUGACCAAGUGCAUGUGGAAGAUGUGGCUUCUGAUGACAAUGGCCAGGAUUUGAGCAACUAUAGUUUCUCAACAGAUGGUUUCAGUGGUUCAGGAGGCAGUGGUGGCCACGGUUCAUCUGUUGGCGUUCAGGGUGGUGUGGACUGGAUGAGGAAGCUGGCCUUCCGCUAUCGAAAAGUGAGAGAAAUCUACGACAAGCAUAAAAGCAAUGUGGGAGGCCUCCUCAGCCCCCAGAGGAAGGAAGCACUGCAGAGACUUAGAGCAGAGAUCGAAGUGCUAACGGAUUCCUGGUUAGGAACUGCACUAAAGUCCUUGCUUCUCAUCCAGUCUAGAAAGAAUUGUGUGAAUGUUCUGAUCACUACUACACAGCUGGUUCCAGCCCUGGCCAAGGUUCUCCUAUAUGGACUAGGAGAAAUAUUUCCUAUUGAAAACAUCUACAGUGCUACCAAAAUCGGUAAGGAGAGCUGCUUUGAGAGAAUUGUGUCAAGGUUUGGAAAGAAAGUCACAUAUGUAGUGAUUGGAGAUGGACGAGAUGAAGAAAUUGCAGCCAAGCAGCACAACAUGCCCUUCUGGAGGAUCACAAACCAUGGAGACCUGGUGUCCCUGCACCAGGCUUUAGAGCUUGACUUCCUCUAAGAACUGGAACGUGGAGCCUUCCCUCCUUGUGAGCUUCUUUUUACCUCCAACAGGAGUCAGAGGCCAGAACCCUCUGAGACCCUUCUCUCCGUCUGUCUGUCUGUCUGUCUCAGCACCCCUCCCCUUCUUUUGUGCUCUUUCUCACCAUGGAAUGCUGGCGAGAACACAAUCAGAACCAACUGCAGUUUUUGCUAAGAGUGAGCGCAGCCCCACCUAUAGUACAGCAGGAGGUGGCUGGAUAGGACAGCAGACCUCCUGCUACCGUGCUUGACUUCUGUUUUGUUUCACAAAGGAAGAGCAAGAAAAGGCAAUGCUGGGAACACAGUUGCACUCUUGGUGCACAGACAGACUGGGAGCUGCUCCUGAUCAUGCUGACGGAAACUGCCCCGUCCCGGGAGAACAUCUCCUGUAAUCUUAGCUGUAGGACUUCUCUUCCAGUGAAUGGGGAUGUUAUUUUUGUAGGUGAGGAUCUGGUCUCUGAAGCAUCCCUCCCCUUUUCUAUGAAGAAAUCGGUGUGUAAAGUCUCCGUGACAGCAGUAAUGGAAAUGUGUGAAAUACCUCUCUGUGACAGUAGCACUCUUGAGUGGCCCCAGCACUCUGCUCUUCAGGAGACCACUUACUAACUUUGGACUGUGGCAUCUCCCAUCUUGUAAAGCCUCGGUCUUCUUGCCAGUCCUUCUUCCCCUGUAACCAAAAGUCACAACCCUGGAAACUACUUCCCAUAGACAAUAAAUCUAAGCCUUUAGCUUAUAGUUUAGAGGCUCAGCUUCCAAAUUAGAAGAGACUUGGCUUCUUAGGAGUGUCAUCCUUGGCUCCUGUGGUAAGGUCCUACCUAGAGUUCCUGCAGAGCGAGCAGCACCUGUCCCCACCAGAGGCUUGCUCUGUGGCCGGCUCAGCCAUUAGGUGCUGGACUCACACUCCCUGCUCUCUGUAUCUCAAAUCCACCGCUCUGCAUACAGCUCUGGCCAGCCCCUGCCCACUCAAAGUCAAAAAGUCUUAAGAGUGAGUUAUACCUGCUUCCUUUGUCCUGCAUUUACAUGCAGUUAUCCCAACUUAUAUCUACCCAAUGUGUGCCUGGGAGAGCAGAUAGCUAGAAUCAAAACCCAGUCUCCCAUGAAAUACCCCAUUUCUCAGAUUCCAUGCUAAAAGUGGGAAACCAGGCCUGAAAAUAUAUAAUCCUGAGCUAGGUGCAAGAACACUUAGCAGCCUGCCCCUAGAUGGUGUGGAGGGUAGCCUUGGCCUAGUCCCAGCCUUCAAGCCCAGCUGUCUUGUGGGGUUUUGUUUCGUUUGAAGGCAUUAUCCCUUUAGGGUCAAUGUGGGUACCUGCUUAAUUGGUGUAAACUUGCCUAGAGUUGAGGAUGUGUCCAGCCUUGGUCCUCAGGAGGUCCAACCCAUAGCUAUAGUCACUGUCCCCAGAGAUGCUGCAGCACAGAGACAAGGUUCCUCCUAAUGCCAGGCUACUGGACAGCACACUGUCUUUAAAACUGUUGGGCAAUACUGAGAGCAGCCAAUAAGGAGGGGGCUCAGACAGGAUAUAAGGUUGGGCUUCCAUCUUGGUUACCCAUUUGGCUUUGAUUUGAGGUGCAGGGUGGGAACAAAGAGGUGGAGUCUAAGCCAGACUUUCAUAGGCUACAUUUAGCACCAUCAUCCUAACACUACCCAGCCUUUGCUUCCUGGCCCAACAUAGAAAACUCCAGGGUAAGUUUUACUCUCAACCCUCAAACCUUCCCUCAUCACCAGUGUAAUUUCUUGUCCUGGACAAAGGCUACCUGUUGGUCUUCAGGCUUUUAAGGCUUCCACAUGGUGACACACAGCCCUCUACACACAGGUUAACACCACGAACACUUCAGGGGAGGCUCUUCAUUCUUAGAAUGUAACAUGGAAUCCCUGCUUGCCCUGCCUGCCCAAUUUAGUUCUCUUUAUAAAAGGAAUUUGGACUUGGCCAAGAGAGGCAAGGAGACACUCUGAGCUGAGGAGCCUCUGUUCUGGCAGAGGAAGUGAGAGUGUGUUGGGGUCUCCACUGAAAGGAGCAUCCGGGGCUGCUAGCUGAGGAGCCUCUGUUCUGGCAGAGGAAGUGAGAGUGUGUUGGGGUCUCCACUGAAAGGAGCAUCCGAGGCUGCUGCCCUUUGUACUGACUCUGCCUCCCUCCCACAAAGGCUUGGGAAGGAAAAGGAGCUGGCAGCACUAUAGCUGUUAGUACUAGAAAGAUGGCUCAUUGGUUAAUAUCAGGCUGCUGGUACAGAGGUUCAAGGUUUGAGCACCCACAGAACUGCUCACAACCAUCUGUAACUAUAGAUCCAGAGGGUUUGCCCUCUGCUGGCCUCUUCAGGCACCAAGGACUUAUAUACAUGCAAGAAAAUACUCAUACAAUUUCUUUUAAAAAUUAAAAGCUGUUGGAAGUAGGAGCUGAAAGAAAGUGGGUCCUUUCACCAGAAAGACACACCCUGAAGUAAUUAGCUGAUAAUCCUUCCCCUGUUGGAUCCAGUGCUCUCAAGGUUAGUCUGGACGUUUCGUGGUGUGGGCUAAUUCUAGGAGUGUCUGUGGAGUUGCAGGGAUGUUCUGGGAUAUGAGGUGACUUUCGAAUGUAAAACUGACUGUGCCUUAGCAUCACCCUGUCUAGUGGCCCUGGAACAGCUGGUGAUGUCCGGGAGUGUGGAUACCUGCCCCAGAAUUCAGGUGCCUAUUUGGGCUUUUGACUUACAACUUCUCUGCAAGUUGGGUGUCAGAGCUAGUAUCCCAACAGACUUGGCACAGUUUGCAGUUCACACAAACUCAGCCUUCACAGCUCCCAAGUAGAAUCUGAUUGGUAUGCAGCUGCAAGCAUGUGACACUUGUAGACAGUACUUUGAAUGGGAGUCACACAACUGACAAGAGCACCAGGCAAAGCAUGGUGCUAUCCUCUUGGAGAGUACAGGCUAGCCCCCAAGUGGCAAGCUUGGGCCCUCCCUCCAUACUUUUCCCCAGGUUGCAGUGAGGCCUUCUUGAGUAAGCUUCUGUUCCUUGCUGCUAACUUGGUCUCUGUCUUCAAGAAGAUUCAUUGUAGAUGCCAAGUUGGAAUUCUGAGCUCAAAUAUCUUAACCACAGAGGCAAAAACCUGCUUGUGUCCCAGCCCUGUCCGCAGGCCACCUGUCCUCCCUCUGCCUUGAGUCAGCUCUAGCAAGCAAAGCUCCCUGGUUGCCUCCUAGCACACUGAGCGGAGCCAUUCCAUUAAGGACCAUUUCUUCUUGGACCGCCACUCUCCCUCUGGACUUCAGAUGCCUCUUUAGCAGGAAAGAGCAUCAGUGGGGUUGGAUAUAUUUAUGUGACUGCAGGCAUUUGUGGCUUUGAGUCCUUGACCAUAAUGUUAUAUGUAAUGGGAACUAUCUUAUAAACUUGAAAAAAAUAAAAAUUUUUAUUUUCUA